AUGGAGAAUCUCAUCGGCAUGGGCAUAACUGGCUUGAUCCUGCUGGUUCUCUGGAUUCUGCUGUUUCAGCUCAGUACAGCCAGAGAAGCCACCAAGAUGGCACCAGGAGACUGCAAGAGCCAGGCCCCUCCCAACAUCCUGUGUACUGCCACCGGCCAUCAUCAGAACCAGCAUCAUGUCACCCACAUUCAGCAGCCUAAUGGUGUCUUGGUGAGUCCUGGAAGGGAAUGGAGGUUCUUCUUGGUCCAGGGGAUCUGGGCACAUGCGGGUGGUCAUGACAAGUCCUCCCUGUCUGCCUGGCCAAGCCCUGUGGUGCCUCAAGGAAGAUACGUGACUCUUCAGUGUCACUCUCAUUUUUCUUUUCACGUCUUCUGGCUGUAUAAGGAAGAUGGGGCCCAUGUUCCUGAGUUCCAGGGCAAACUAUUCUGGAAUAGCUUCUUCAUGGGCCCUGUGACUCCAGCACAUGCAGGCCCCUACAGAUAUUGUGCUUUUUACCCUCUCUCCCCCUCUGGAUGGUCAGCACUCAGCAAACUCCUGUCAAUCAUGGUCACAGGAAUCUACAGAAAAUCUUCCCUUUUGGCCCUCCCAAAUCCCCUGAUGAGAUCGGAAGGAAAUGUGACCCUGCAGUGCUGCUCAGAGAUCAUGUUUGAGAGUUUCAUUCUGAUUGUGCACAGAGAGCGGAAGCCUGAAGACAUUUUGCACCUUGUUGGCAAGCUCCAUGGUGGGAGCUCUCAAGCCAACUUCUCUGUGGGUCCUGUGACACCUGCCCAUGCAGGGACCUACAGGUGCUAUGGUUCUGUCGGUCACUCCUCCUAUGAGUGGUCAACUCCCAGUGAUGCCCUGGAUAUUGUGAUCACAGGUCUAUACAAGAAACGUUCCCUCUCAGCCCAGCUGGGCCACAUGGUGAUGUCAGAAGAGAAUGUGAGCUUGUCCUGCAGCUCCAAGAUCCCAUUUCACAUGUACCAUCUGUCCAGAAAGGGGGAGGCCAGUGACUGCUGGCUUCCCACAGUGGAAAGCCACAAUGGUGCAUUCUAGACCAACUUCCCUCUAGGCCCUAUGACCCAUGCAGGGGCCUAUAGAUGCUAUGGCUCUUUCAGGAACUCUCUGUAUAAGUGGUCAGCCCCAAGUGACCCUCUGCACCUUGGUGUCACAGGUAAGAAGCCCCAUGACUCUGAUGGAGAAGACUCAGAGGCAGUGACAUACAUAGAGGUGGAUCAUCAUAUUUUCCAGAAAAAAAUUACUCCCUCUUCCCAGAGGCCCAAGAACGCAGAUACCAGUGUGUACAUGGACCUUGCUAAGCCUAGAUCAAGAAUUAUCUCCUGA